CGUACGUCGAACAGUGACCACACUGUUGACGACGCAACACAACCACAGUCUAUGCGGUUACUUUUUUAUUUUUUUCAACAAAGCUUCCCACCGCAACAGCAACUUUCUGUUAAUUCGACGAUCGGAAAUUGCACUCUUGAUCAACUGAAUCUCCACUUUCUCUCUCCUCCUUUCGCAUGCAUCUCAAGCUUUGUCAAUGGCGUCUUCGCAGGUAGGAUUUUUGGUUCCGUUGAAUAAGAGAUUGGAGAAGGAGAACUCGUUGCCUGAAUGUCCUAUUUCUGAAGGUGAUAAUGUUAUAGGGCGUCAUAUUGUUUCAGUUACUGAUAAGAGACUAAGUCGCAAGCACAUUAUUCUGUCUGCUUCAUCUUCUGAUGGCUCUGCUGAUUUGUUUGUGAAAGGAAUGAAUCCUGUGGUGGUUAAUUCCGGCGGCCAGAGAAAUAUACUUCAUUUUGGAGAAAAAGCUACCUUAAAAAAUGGUGAUGUGUUGGAGUUGAUUCCAGGGAGUCACUAUUUCAAGUACGUAGCUUUGUGUAGUCUGAGAAAUUCUGAUGUUAGCAAAGGGAACACAGGUGGUUGUGAAAAUUCAGAUGUUAGAGUUGGUCGGAAGAGAGCACGAGAACAUUUGAACUCUCAGGUCUCUGUGGAACACUCAAUGGUUGAGCAUGGAGGCGGGAGAAAAGUAAAACCAAGUAUAAAUAAUGCAAAUGCUGUAUCAAAAGAGCAAAGUCUUUCAGUCUCCAAGAAUAUUGAGGAGCAGCUAGGCCAUUUUCAUGUAGCUGAUGAUAAACUGCCUUUAACAUUUCGCCUUAUGAAAGUGAGAGGGUUGCCAGAAUGGGCUAACACCUCCUGCGUAUCUAUAGAUGAUGUCAUUGAGGGGGAUGUGCUUGUUGCUGUACUUUCGAAUUACAUGGUGGAUAUAGACUGGUUGCUAUCUGCUUGUCCAUUGCUUAGAAAGGUUCCUCACGUGCUGGUUGUACAUGGGGAAAGUGAUGGAACUGUUGAAUACAUGAAGAGAAACAAGCCUAGCAACUGGAUAUUGCAUAAACCACCUUUGCCUAUCUCAUAUGGGACACAUCAUUCAAAGGCUAUGCUUCUUGUGUAUUCUCGAGGAGUGAGGGUCAUUGUGCAUACAGCGAACUUGAUUAAUGUUGAUUGGAAUAAUAAAAGUCAAGGCUUGUGGAUGCAAGAUUUUCCUUGGAAAGAUCAAAAUGGGACAAACAAGGGAUGCCCAUUUGAAAGUGACCUUAUUUACUAUCUCCAGGCUUUAAAGUUGCCUGAAUUUUCUGUCGAUUUUCCAGCCCUUGGUAGAUUGAAAAUCGAUUAUUCCUUCUUUAAGAAGUUUGAUUACGGAACUGCAGCGGUCAGAUUGAUUGCGUCUGUGCCAGGGUAUCAUUCUGGGUCUAAUUUGAAGAAGUGGGGUCAUAUGAAGCUACGUUCUGUCCUAGAGAAAUGCACUUUUGAAGAAGAAUUCAGAAAAUCUCCUCUAGUUUAUCAGUUUUCAUCUCUUGGUUCAUUGGAUGAGAAGUGGAUGACUGAGCUAAGAACUUCAAUGUCAUCUGGUGUAUGUGCUGAUAAAUCUCCCCUAGGCUUGGGAGAACCAUUAAUAAUAUGGCCUUCUGUAGAAGAUGUGAGAUGGUCGCUCGAGGGAUAUGCAGCUGGGAACGCCAUCCCAAGCCCACUUAAAAAUGUGGAAAAGGAGUUUUUGAAGAGCUAUUGGGCAAAGUGGAAGGCUACCCAUUCAGGCCGCUGCCGUGCGAUGCCUCAUAUAAAGACAUUUGUUCGUUACAAGGGUCAAAAUCUUGCUUGGUUUCUGCUAACUUCAGCAAAUCUCAGUAAAGCUGCCUGGGGAGCCCUUCAAAAGAAUAGUUCUCAGUUAAUGAUCCGUUCCUAUGAGUUGGGGGUGCUGUUUUUGCCUACUGUCAUCACAAAUGGCUCUAGGUUUUCUUGCACAGAUGCUAAGGGCACUCAAACGGAUACAAGAGGUUCAGUAGUUAACUAUGAAAGUCGAAAAACAAAACUGGUUACUUUGACUUGGCAAAGAAGAGAAGAUGAUGAUUCUGAUUCUGAAAUAGUUCCUCUGCCUGUGCCGUAUGAACUUCCUCCUAAGCUGUACUCAUCUGAGGACAUUCCAUGGUCUUGGGAUCGCCAAUACAGGCAGAAGGAUGUCUAUGGUCAAGUUUGGCCCAGACAGGUGAAGCUUUACUCCGCUCAAGAUGCCUGAGUCAGUAACUACCCACUCUUAAGUGGUGUGAAACUUUGUACAUCUAUGCUCGAACAUUGAGUAAAUUUCUAGUGAACCAAGAAAGGUGUGCUUUUUUCUCUCUAUUCUUAGUAAUAGUUCAAUUUGUAAAUAGUGGGUUCCUGUGUAUUCGCCAUUUCAAGUUAUAUACGUUUAAAUAUGAAUGAAGCAGAAUUCACUUUUUUAUUUGUGCUUCUUUUUUCCUUUUUCCCGUAUUUAAAAUACGUGCACUACUUUUUAAGCAAUUUGGACUGAGGGAUUUCUUCAUCCCUUCAUGUCUGCCCUUGUCACUCACAACAUAUGUCCUUAAUGGGGAAUAUAGCAGGAUAUAUUAAGAAAACAAUAUUAAUCCUAAAUAACAAGUAUACUUUGUGUGCUUAUUUUGGAGAUUGAAAGCAACGUCCUAACAAUUUCCUCAAAGUUGUGAAAGAAAAGGCUACUUUUCCACAGAGGCUGCUGAUAUUUCAUGGUUGUGUGACCAGUUUUUAAAUGCAAGAAGACUUUUAUUAAUUUACUUCAUAUUUGUAUGUCGUAGUCUUGUAUAUACCUAUAUAUUAUAUAUAUAUAGGAUAGUUUAAAUUUAAAUAAAACAUUUUUUUCUAAUUAAUAACUGUUUUAGGAGCAUUUUCAUGGAAGAUUAUAUACUCUGUGUAAAGUACUUGCUUCCAUGGGGUAAAAGAUUCUAGAUUACGAGAUGUAAGAGAACAUUGCCGUAAAGGUCGUAUUUAGGUGACUAAAACUCGAACAAUGAUUACGUACCUUCUUUAACUAUGAAACAAUUCUCAUUAAUAUACAACAUAUAUUUAACAAGCGAUUUACAAGCGAAUUUAAGAUUUUCUCCAUGCUUGAAAAACGUAGCUGAGGAUAAAGUUGGAGUAUAGCUAUGAACUUAUGACAUGGAUAAUUGUUAAGAAAUUUCCUUGAAAAACAUAUGCGUCAUCGUCCUACGUAAUUUGGAUUGAUUCAGACAUUGACUUCUGC